UUCAGCGCGCUCGAGUUCCGGUGUUUCUGGACACUGGCGCUUGUUUUCUGUUGUUCAUCAGAGCGUCAGUUCAGCGCUAAUUCAACACACACACUAUAACAUGGACAAGUAAGUUUACGAAGUGGUGCCCUGUGACGAGCUCCUCAGAUCAUGGCGGUCCCGAUGGAAAGUCAGCUGCAGAGUAUUUUUGAGGAUGUAGUGAAAACUGAGGUGAUAGAGGAGGCGUUUGCUGGCAUGUUCAUGGACAGUGCGGAGGAUGAGAGGAACAAACUCAUGAGCUGUUUAGGAGCCUUCAGACAGUACUGGAUCAGCCUGCCCCAGGAGUCACAUGAUCAGUGUGUGCAGUGGAUCGUCCGCUUCAUUCAUGGUCAGCACAGCCCCAAACGCAUCGCCUUCCUCUACGACUGUCUGGCCAUGGCGGUGGAGACCAGCCUCCUGCCUCCCAGAAUGGUGUGUCAGGCUCUGAUCGGCUCGGACAGUCUGGAGUGGGAGAGAACUCAACUCUGGGCUUUGACCUUCAAACUCAUCCGCAAAAUCAUUGGAGGAGUCGACUACAAGGGCGUCAGGGAUCUCCUGAAGGCCGUGUUGGACAAGAUUCAGACCGUCCCAAGCUUUGUGAGCUCGGCUGUGGUCCAGCAGCUGCUAGCGGCACGAGAAGUGGUGGAGUACAUACUGGACCGCAACGCUUGUCUGCUGCCCGCGUACUUCGCUGUGACCGAGAUCCGGAAGCUGUAUCCAGAGGGCUUGCUCUCACACUGGCUGUUGGGCAGCCUGAUAUCUGACUUCGUUGAUAGUUUCAGACCGACCGCCCGUAUUAACUCCAUCUGUGGGCGCUGCAGUCUUCUGCCGGUGGUCAAUAACUCGGGGGCGAUCUGUAACUCGUGGAAGCUGGACCCGAGCACCCUGCGCUUCCCUCUGAGGGGAAUGCUGCCCUACGAUAAGGACCUGUUCGAGCCGCAGACGGGUCUGCUGAGGUAUGUGCUGGAGCAGCCCUACUCCAGAGACAUGGUCUGCAACAUGCUGGGCCUCAACAAGCAGACCUUGAACAUUGCUCAGGUAUGUUCACAAUCUUACUGUUGUAUUGUGACUAACCAGACACUGGAAGCGUCCUCCUAGCCAAACCCCAAACGAUUCCAUCUAAUUACGAUUGAAGAAGAACAACCUCAAGUGAAACGAGACAAUAAACGUAGGGCUUGAAAUUACUGACUGCCACGAGCAAUUAUUAGAGCAUUUGAAAGGCUGACCGAGAAAUUCAUCAGCUUUUCCACAACAGUCUUCUGCACUUUCAGCCAAACUGCUUUCCCUCUUUCCCAAAAUUGAAGCUUUUAUUUAACAAACAAACAGUGAUGCAACUGGAUUGUUCCUUUUGAUUCUUCUUUCACACUUCUUACUGUUUACAAUGACAUUUUAGAUCGGAGAAAGCUUUUAAGCUGUUGUAGUAUGUGGGUCAUUCACAGGAAACGGCGCCAUUGAAGCUCAAAUAUUCCAGUGUUUUUGAAAACGUUAUUGCUGAGCUUUCUAGAAAUCAUAUUUUCUUAGCUCAGGUGCAA